AUGAUGGUGAACGAGGAGAUGGAGCGAUCCGCGUACGGGGUGGCCAAGCGCGUCCCCGAGAGGUUCACCGACGUCGGCACCGCCUCCGACUACCUGUCCUCGCUGCUCGUGCGGACCUCCCCAACGGGAGGCCUGCGAAGCACCCUCCUGGUGCUGGACGACGUGUGGGAGGCGAAGGUUGUGGAGGCGUUCGAGACGGUGGGGCUGUCGCUUCUCGUCACUACCCGGGAGCCGCUGAUCGCCAGGAUGGCGUCAUCCCACAACGCCGCCGGCGUCUCCCGCCUCAUCGGCCCUCUGGGCCCCCUGUCCGGCGCCGAAGCUACCUCCGCGGCGGCAAAGGCGGCGGCCACUCGGAGGGCGCCUCCGAAGGAAGCCAAGCAGCUGCUGGACAAGACCGGCCGCUGCCCGCUGGCGGUGGGAGUGGUGGCAUCCACCCUCAAGCAGGCGCAGGGCCCCUUGGAUUGGGUGAGCACUUCUUCGAAAGUGAAGAAGACCUUCGCCGGGCUUCACCGACGGCGAAGGGUCAAGGCGUCGACUGCCGAGCAGGAUGCCGAGGACAGGGUGACGGCGUCCAUCGCCGCCGGCUUUUCCAACAUGCCGGAGGAGACCCAGAUGCUGUACUCGGCGCUUUGCAUCCUACCCCCGGGACUACCGGUCAGCUGUCGCCUGCUGGAACAAGUGUGGGAGACUGGAAAACGGACGACGAUUCUGGCAGCAGAGGCGUUCGAGCACCGUAGGCUGCUCGAUCGGCUGGGGCCGGGUAACUUUGUGCUCCACUACGAGGCCGCUCGCUUCUUGCAGAAUCCCCCGGGCUUCGCUGGGGAAGGGGCGUGGGUUGGGUGCAAGCUCCGCGGGCAAGGGAGGGAGCUGGCGUUCAACAGGCUCUGCAAGCACCUCGACAGCUUCGACACCCUCAGAGACCACCUCGCCAAGCGGGACCUGUGGGGCCUAACGCAGCUAUGGCAGGCCUGCGAGACAGAGGCCAAGAAGACGUCGGGGCACAGCCACGUCUCGUGCCGGAUCUACGAGUCGCGCCUCGAUCUCCUACGACAGGAGGCCGAUAUCGUCGCCGGACCUGCCAGCAGACAUCGCUCGUCAACUGCAAAGGUAGCCUGCGAGGCUACGCUCGACCUCGCGCAGGCGCUUGACAUGGUGGCUGACUACCAGGCGUACCGCCGCUGCUGUGACGCCACCCCUCUCUACAGGGAGAGCAUCGACUCCCUCCACCAAUCUCUUGAGCUGGUUAGCAUCCAAGGAACGGGGUCGGGAGCCCUGGAGUCUCGGAUCAAGCGAGCGCUGGAGCGGAUCACCGGGAAGCUGGGUGCUCUGCUGCUGAAGCAGGGCAAGCACAGGGACGCCCUGCACCCUUGCGCGGAGAGCCUGACGUUGAUUCGGGCUCGGCAGGGCACGGACUUGGGGCCCGAGGGGUCGAGCAGCCUGGGCAGGAGCCACCUGCCUCACCAGGACGUGGUGGACUCCCUGUGCAGCAUGGCGGAGGCGCUCAUGAGGGGGAACAGCGUCGACGAAGCGGAAGAGCUAAACGAGCGUUGCCUUUCGGAGGCGACAAAAGCUUUCGGCGACGUCCACCCGGUGGUGGCGAGGGUCAUCGAUCAGAAGGGCCGGAUCCUGCUAGCCGAGAAGGACUUGGACGGGGCGGCGAGCUGGUUCGCAGAAGCACGACAGAUCCGUGAGGCGUUCUACGGCAAAGGACACGCGCUCGUGGCCCCGUCCCUACAGAUGCAGGCGCACCUCGAGUUCACGGCCGGCAACAAGGAAGACGCGAGCGCGCUCCUGAAGGAGUGCUUGACCUUGCAGGAGGACAGAUGA